AUGGUUCCUCCAGUCUGGACUCUGCUGCUGCUGGUGGGGGCUGCCCAUCUCAGGAGAGAGAAGCCUCCGGACAAGAAGCUGGUUGUUCGCAGCUCUAGGGACAACUACGUCCUCACCCAGUGUGAUUUUGAGGAUGACGCCAAACCCCUCUGUGACUGGUCCCAAGUGUCCGCAGAUGAUGGAGACUGGGUUCGAGCCAGCGGGCCCUCUCCCACCGGCACCACCGGGCCUCCCGGGGGGUACCCCAAUGGAGAGGGCAGCUAUCUGCAUAUGGAAUCCAACAACUUCCACCGUGGGGGUGUGGCCCGCCUGCGCAGCCCCAACCUAUGGGAGCAAGGCCCGCUCUGCGUGAACUUCGCCUACCACAUGUUUGGGCUGUCUUGGGGCGCCCAGCUCAGGCUGCUGUUGCUCUCGGGUGAAGAGGGCCGCCGCCCCCACGUGCUCUGGAAACACCGGAACACCCAGAGACCCUCCUGGAUGCCCACCACUGUCACUGUGCCCGCAGGGUUCACCCUGCCCACCCGGCUGAUGUUUGAGGGAACACGGGGUAGCACUGCCUACCUGGACAUUGCCCUGGAUGCCCUCUCUAUUCGCCGGGGCUCCUGCAAUCGCGUCUGUAUGAUGCAAACAUGCAGCUUUGACAUUCCAAAUGACCUCUGUGACUGGACCUGGAUCCCAACUGCCUCCGGGGCCAAGUGGACUCAGAAGAAAGGGUCGUCGGGAAAGCCAGGCGUGGGGCCUGAUGGCGACUUCUCUAGCCCUGGUAGUGGCCACUACAUGCUCCUGGACCCCAAGAAUGCAAGACCCGGGCAGAAAGCCGUCCUUCUGAGUCCCGUGAGCCCGUCCUCCGGCUGUCUGAGCUUUUCCUUCCACUACGUCCUCCGGGGCCAGUCUCCUGGUGCAGCCCUCCACGUUUAUGCUUCCGUCUUGGGGAGCAUCCGGAAACACACUCUCUUCUCAGGACAACCUGGGCCCAACUGGCAGGCUGUUUCUGUCAAUUACACAGCCGUGGGACGGAUACAGGUACAGAGAAGCAAGGGGUCAGGGGGUCACUAUAUCUACCUUGAGGCUGACAAGUUCUCCCAGGCAGGGCAGUCGGCCAGACUGGUGAGCCGGCCCUUCUGCGCCCCGGGUGACAUCUGCGUGGAGUUCGCGUACCACAUGUAUGGCCUUGGGGAGGGUACUAUGCUCGAACUCCUCCUGGGAAGUCCUGCGGGGAGCCCUCUGAUUCCUCUCUGGAAACGCCUGGGGUCUCAGCGCCCUUACUGGCAGAACGCCUCUGUCACCAUCCCCUCAGGACACCAACAGCCCAUGCAGCUGAUUUUCAAGGCCAUCCGGGGCAGCAACAUGGCCUUUGUGGUUGCUAUGGGUUUCAUCUUGAUCAAUCCUGGGACUUGUCCAGUAAAAAUGCUACCAGAGCUUCCUCCCAUAUCUCCAGUUUCUUCCACUGGCCCUUCUGAAACCACCGGCCUCACAGAAAACCCUACAGUUUCCAUAGAAAAACCCACCGUCACCACAGAAAAGCCCACAGUCCCCAAAGAAAAGCCCACCAUUCCUGCAGAAAAACCCACCAUUCCCACAGAAAAACCCACCAUCCCUACCGAAGAGCCCUCUUUCCCCACAGAAAAACCCACCAUCCCCACAGAAGAGCCCACCAUUCCGACAGAAAAACCCACCAUUUCCACAGAAAAGCCCACUGUCCCUGCAGAAGAGCCCACUACCACCACUGAGGAGACCACCAUCUCCACAGAAGAGGCUGCCAUCCCCACAGAAAAACCCACUGUCCCCAUGGAAAAACCCACUAUCCCCACUGAAGAAACCACCACCUCCAUUGAAGAGACUACCAUCUCCAUAGAAAAACCCACCAUUCCCACGGAAAAAACCACUAUCCCCAUGGGAAAACCCACCAUCCCCACAGAAAAACCCACUAUCCCCACGGAAAAACCCACCAUCCCCACGGAAAAAUCCACCAUCCCCACAGAAAAACCCACCAUCCCCACGGAAAAACCCACCAUCNCCACAGAAAAACCCACCAUCCUCACGGAAAAACCCACCAUCUCCCCAGAAAAACCCACCACCCCCACGGAAAAACCCACCAUUCCCACGGAAAAGCCCACCAUCCCCACGGAGAAACCCACCAUCCCCACGGAAAAAACCACCAUCUCCCCAGAAAAACCCACCAUCCCCACAGAGAAGCUCACAGCCCUGAGGCCACCCCAUCCCAGUCCCACAGCCACUGGGCUGGCAGCCUUGGUGAUGUCUCCACAUGCUCCAAGUGCCGCUAUGACCAGUGUGAUCCUGAGCACUAACACAACCCCCAGACCCAAUACAGAGCGCUGCCCCCCAAAUGCACACUACGAAUCCUGUGCUUGUCCUGCUUCGUGCAAGAGUCCCAGGCCUAGCUGUGGGCCGCUCUGUCGGGGGGGCUGUGUCUGCAACCUUGGCUUUUUGUUUAGUGACAACCACUGCAUCCAGGCCUCUUCCUGCAAUUGCUUCUACAACAACAACUACUAUGAGCCUGGGGCAGAGUGGUUCAGCCCCAACUGCACAGAACGUUGCCGCUGUUGGCCAGGGAGUCGGGUCGAGUGCCAAAUCUCUCAGUGCGGGACACACACUGUGUGCCAGCUUAAGAAUGGCCAGUAUGGAUGCCACCCCUAUGCAGGCACUGCCACCUGCUUGGUCUACGGAGAUCCUCACUAUGUCACCUUUGAUGGGAGGCACUUUGGCUUCAUGGGCAAGUGCUCUUACAUCUUGGCCCAACCCUGUGGCAACUCAACAGACCCAUUCUUCAGGGUGACAGCCAAGAAUGAGGAGCAGGGACAGGAAGGUGUGUCCUGCCUAAGCAAAGUCUACGUGACCCUUCCCGAGACCACCAUCACCCUGCUUAAGGGCAGACGUACUCUGCUCCUCUCCUGUUCCCCCAGCACCUACUCUGGGAAACUCUGUGGUUUGUGUGGAAACUAUGACGGUAACAGUGACAAUGACCAUCUGAAGUCGGACGGCAGUCCAGCAGGAGACAAGGAGGAGCUGGGGAACAGCUGGCAGACGGACCAGGACGAGGACCAGGAGUGUCAGAAGCACCAGGUGGUGAAUCCCCCGUCUUGUGAUUCAUCUCUGCAGAGCAACAUGUCGGGGCCAGGAUUCUGUGGACGGCUGGUCGACACCCGUGGCCCGUUUGAGACAUGCCUGCUGCAUGUGAAGGCCACUUCCUUCUUCGACAGCUGCAUGCUUGAUAUGUGCAGAUUCCAGGGACUGCAGCACCUGCUGUGCACACACAUGUCCACCAUGACCACCACCUGCCAGGACGCAGGCCAUGCUGUGAAGCCCUGGAGGGAACCCCAGUUCUGCCCAAUGGCUUGCCCGCCCAAUAGCAAGUACUCCCUGUGUGCCAAGCCAUGCCCUGACACCUGCCAUUCAGGAUUCACCGGCAUGUUCUGCUCAGACCGGUGCGUGGAGGCCUGUGAAUGCAAUCCAGGCUUCGUCCUCAGUGGCCUCGAGUGCGUACCUCGCUCCCAAUGUGGGUGCCUCCACCCUGCAGGCAGCUACUUCAAGGUAGGGGAGCGGUGGUACAAGCCGGGCUGCAAAGAGCUGUGCGUCUGUGAAAGCAACAACAGAAUUCGCUGCCAGCCCUGGAGGUGUAGGGCCCAGGAGUUCUGUGGACUGCAGGAUAGUAUCUAUGGCUGCCAUGCCCAAGGUGCCGCCACCUGUACGGCCUCGGGCGAUCCCCACUACCUGACCUUCGAUGGCGCCUUGCACCACUUCAUGGGCACCUGCACCUAUGUCCUGACCCGGCCUUGCUGGUCCAGGGCCCAAGACAGCUAUUUUGUUGUGAGCGCCACCAAUGAGAACCGCGGGGGGAACCUGGAGGUCUCCUACAUCAAAGCUGUCCACGUGACGGUCUUUGACCUCAGCAUCUCACUGCUCAGAGGCUGUAAGGUCAUGGUGGGUAUCUUCCUCCUGCCUCCUGAACCCUGAACACCCAGCCUGCUUGCUUCUCUCCUCUGCCCCUCCUUGCCCCCAUGCCCACCUCUCUGGCUCCUUAGAGCACCUGGGAGGCACCUGCAGCUGACCCAGACCCUCCUCCUUGGGGGGGCCCUUUGUUGCCUGUUUUAACGACUCCCUCCUCCAGGGAACUACAACAACAACAGCUUGGACGACAACCAGCGCCCCGACAGAAAGCCUGCGGGCGAUUCCGUGCAGCUGGGGGCAGCCUGGAAGUUACCUGAAUCCUCUGAACCUGGCUGUUUCCUUGUGGGUGGCAAGCCCUCCAGCUGCCAGGAGAACAGCAUGGCAGACGCCUGGAACAAGAACUGUGCGAUCUUAAUAAACCCUCAGGGACCCUUCUCUCAAUGUCACCAGGUGGUGCCUCCCCAGUCCAGCUUUGCCAGUUGCGUGCAUGGCCAGUGUGGGACCAAGGGCGACACCAUGGCCCUGUGCCGCUCCCUGCAGGCUUACGCGUCCCUGUGUGCCCGGGCUGGCCAGGCUCCUGCCUGGCGGAACAGAACUUUCUGCCCUAUGAGGUGCCCACCUGGCAGCAGCUAUAGCCCCUGUGGCAGCCCCUGCCCAGCCACCUGCAGCAGCCUAAACGACCCGAGGGACUGCCCCAAAGCACUGCCCUGUGCUGAGAGCUGCGAAUGUCAGAAAGGCUACAUCUUGAGUGGAACCUCCUGCGUGCCCCUUGGCCAGUGUGGCUGCACCGAGCCAGCGGGCUUCUACCAUCCGGUCAGGGAGCGCUGGUACACAGAGGACACCUGCACCAGGCUCUGCACCUGCUCCAUUCACAACAACAUCACCUGCUUCCAAAGCACCUGUAAACCCAACCAGAUGUGCUGGGCCCUGGAUGGGCUACUCCGUUGUCGGGCCUCAGGUAGGAGGACCACGGUCUGCGGCGUGUGCGGGAACUUCAAUGAUGAGGAAGAGGAUGAACUAAUGAUGCCCAGCGACGAACUAGCACAUAGUGAUAGUGAAUUUGUGAACAGUUGGAAAGAUAAGGACAUUGACCCAAGUUGUCAGAGUCUCCCGGUAGAUGAGCAGCAGAUUCCAGCGGAACAGCAGGAGAACCCGAGUGGAAACUGCAGGGCGGCCGACCUCCGCAGGGCGCGGGAAAAGUGCGAGGCAGCGCUCCGGGCUCCUGUGUGGGCCCAGUGUGCCUCCCGCAUAGACCUCACGCCCUUCCUGGUAGGCUGUACGAACACCCUCUGUGAGUUUGGAGGUCUCCACCAGGCCCUCUGCCAGGCUCUGCAAGCCUUCGGGGCCACCUGCCAGAGCCAGGGCCUCAAGCCCCCACUCUGGAGAAACAGCAGCUUCUGCCCUCUGGAAUGCCCUGCCUACAGCAGCUACACCAACUGCCUUCCCUCCUGCUCACCCUCCUGCUGGGACCUGGAUGGCCGGUGUGAGGGCGCCAAAGUCCCCUCUGCCUGUGCUGAGGGCUGCAUUUGUCAGCCCGGCUAUGUGCUGAGUGAGGACAAGUGUGUCCCCAGAAGUCAGUGCGGCUGCAAGGAUGCCCAUGGUGGCUCCAUCCCUCUGGGCAAGAGCUGGGUCUCCCGUGGUUGCACGGAGAAGUGUGUCUGCACAGGAGGAGCCAUUCAGUGCGGGGACUUCCGAUGCCCCUCUGGGUCCCAUUGCCAGCUCAGUUCCGACAACAGCAACAGCAAUUGUGUCUCGGACAAGUCUGAACAAUGCUCAGUCUACGGGGACCCCCAUUACCUCACAUUUGACGGCUUCAGCUACCGCUUCCGGGGCCGCAUGACCUACGUUCUGAUCAAGACUGUGGAUGUACUGCCUGAGGGGGUGGAGCCCCUCCUUGUGGAGGGACGCAACAAGAUGGAUCCGCCCAGGAGCUCCACCUUCUUGCAAGAAGUGAUUACCACUGUCUAUGGCUAUAAAGUGCAGCUCCAAGCUGGUCUGGAGCUUGUGGUCAACAACCAGAAGAUGGCCGUCCCCUACAGGCCGAAUGAGCACCUGCGGGUCACCCUGCGGGGCCAACGGCUCUACCUGGUCACCGACUUUGAGCUGGUCAUCAGUUUCGGUGGAAGGAAAAAUGCAGUGAUCUCCCUACCCAGCAUGUACGAGGGGCUCGUGCGUGGCCUGUGUGGAAACUACGACAAUAACCGCAAGAAUGACAUGAUGCUGCCCAGUGGCGCCCUGACCCGGAACCUCAACACCUUUGGCGACAGCUGGGAGGUGAAGACCGAGGACGUCCUCCUCCGCUUCCCCAGGGCUAUACCAGUGGAGGAAAGACGAGGGGUGGAACUGGGCCUCCGCGUGUCCGAAUGUAGCCCGGAGCAGUUGGCGAGCAACAGCACCCAGGCCUGUAGGGUGCUGGCAGACCCCCAGGGCCCAUUUGCUGCCUGUCACCAGACAGUGGCCGCAGAGCCCUUCCAGGAGCACUGCGUGCUGGAUCUGUGCUCCACUCAGGACCCAAGAGAGCAAGAGGAGCUGCGCUGCCAGGUCCUCAGUGGCCAUGGAGUGUCCAGCAGGUACUAUGUAUCAGAGCUGUAUGACACCCUGCCCAGCGUCCUGUGCCAACCUGGCGGACCCCGGGGACUGCGAAGGCCCCUGCGUGGAAGGCUGUGCCAGCAUCCCAGGCUAUGCCUACAGCGGCACCCAGAGCCUCCGCUGGCUGACUGUGGCUGCACCAGCAAUGGCAUCUACUACCAGCUGGGCAGCAGCUUUGUGACUGAGGACUGCUCUCAGCGCUGCACCUGUGCCAGCUCACGGAUCCUGCUGUGCGAGCCAUUCAGCUGCAGAGAGGGGGAGGUCUGCACCCUGGGGAACCACACCCGAGGCUGCUUUCCAGAAAGCCCGUGUCUGCGGAACCCCUGUCAGAAUGACGGGCAGUGUCAGGAGCGGGGAGCCACCUUCACCUGCGACUGUGAAGUUGGUUAUGGGGGAGACCUCUGUAUGGAGCCUCGAGAUGUGCCACCUCCCAGAAAGCCAGCAUCUAACCCGGUGGCCGUCCUACUGGGACUGCUGGUGCCUGUGGUGGUCGUAGUACUGGCUGUGACCAGAGAUUGCAUUUAUAGAAUGAGGAGGAAGAGAGAGAAAAUGCAGAGCCAGGAGCCAGACAGACUGGCCAGGCUGGUGGACACAGAUAUUGUUCUGGACUGUGCCAGUUAA